GUUCAGCGAAAAACGCAAAGGUAACGUAACGCUUUUGUGUGUAGACGAAAUCUCCACAAAACCAAAAAUUCCUCCUUCCGUCUCUCCCAAAAAUAACCCCACUCUCUCUUCACUGCAAAACCCCGUUGCACACAAACCCUAAUCAUUUCUAUCACCUCACUCAGCCCACCAUCCCAAAUCGAAGAACAUGGCGACCAAUUCACCGAAUCUGGAGUGCCGGAUGUAUGAAGCCAGGUACCCGGAGGUGGACCAGGCGGUCAUGAUACAGGUGAAGAGCAUGGCCGACAGCGGGGCGUACGUUUCCCUACUGGAGUACAAUAACAUUGAGGGAAUGAUCUUGUUUUCCGAGCUCUCUCGCCGUCGGAUUCGGAGUAUCAGCAGUCUGAUUAAGGUUGGUCGGAUUGAGCCGGUUAUGGUUCUUAGGGUUGAUAAGGAGAAAGGCUACAUCGAUCUCAGCAAAAGAAGGGUUUCUGAAGAGGAUAUCGCGGCUUGUGAAGAGAGGUACAAUAAGAGCAAGCUUGUUCACUCCAUUAUGCGUCAUGUUGCCGAGACUCUGAAGAUUGACCUUGAGGAUCUGUAUAUCCAUAUUGGCUGGCCUUUAUACAGAAAAUAUGGCCAUGCUUUUGAGGCAUUCAAAUUGAUUGUCAAUGAUCCUGAUUCAGUUCUUAAUUCUCUCACUCGUGAAGUUAAAGAAAUUGGUCCUGAUGGCCAAGAGGUGACUAAGGUGGUUCCUGCUGUUACUGAGGAAGUCAAGGAUUCCUUGGUGAAAAACAUCCGUAGAAGAAUGACACCUCAACCAUUGAAGAUUCGUGCAGAUAUUGAAAUGAAAUGUUUCCAGUUUGAUGGCGUUCUUCACAUUAAGGAAGCAAUGCGUAAAGCUGAAGCUGCGGGUAACAAGGAUUGCCCUGUCAAAAUUAAACUUGUUGCUCCUCCAGCCUAUGUGCUCAACACCCAGACUCUCGACAAGGAGCAAGGAAUAGCUGUUCUGAACGAAGCAAUCAAAGCUUGCGCUGAAGAAAUAGAACGCCACAAGGGAAAACUUCUUGUUAAGGAAGCACCUAGAGCGGUGAGUGAACGUGAGGAUAAAUUGCUUGCUGAACAUAUGGCUAAGCUAAGUCGCGACAACGAGGAGAUAAGCGGGGAUGAGGAUAGUGAAGAGGAAGAAGAUACAGGAAUGGGAGAGAUUGAUCUGGAUAACGGGCAGGGCAUCACAGAAUGAAAACAUCAUCGCCUGCAUGUUGACCAUUGUUGAUUUUGUUCCUCACUGAUUUGAGCAUUCGAAAGAGAUGUACAAAAACAACCUAAAGUUUUGAGUAGUUUUGCAACGCAUUCAGCAGUUAUUUAUUAGCAUGCAGCUCUCUUUCUCAUACUGCAAGAAAUUGGGUAUGAAAUACAGCAAAGUUUUGUUCUGCAACUAAUAUUGCGUACCAGUGUUGCUCUGUGAAUCCUGAAUUCUACGUUAGAUGUUUAUGUUUUGCA